AUAGAGAGAGAGAGCUCUCAAUGCUCUAAACUUCACAGAGUUACUUUUGGUUGUGCUAUCAAAAUUUUGCAGCUAUAGCCUAAAAUGCUUUCCCCUUGGUUUGGCAGUAGCCGACAAACUACCACCUACAAUAGCGAGUCGGAAAUAAGCGUUGUUGCUGAGUCAUCCGAGGAUUCUGAUAUUGAAUUGCUCUCCGAAUCAGAGUUUGUGUCAAAGCAUGAUAUAUUGGACUAUGGCCUGCCGCUGCAUGAGGAGGUGACUGGUAGAUACAAACGUACCUUUGCAUAUAGGUCCUUGAAAACUCAUAUGCCGGCGCUAAUUAAAACAAUUAUUAAGCAUUUGCAUGAACAUGAGCCCCGCAUAAUGCAGCAAUGUGGGGACUAUGCAUAUUACGAUCUUAAACGUGUUAUACGCAGUCUAAAAAUAUUGCGCCGAGAGGUGCUCUUGAAUUCCAAGUUCAAGUUGUUCCACGACAAUGAGCCGGACGCGCAGGAUUGGAAUAAAUUGCUUAAAUCACUGGAUGAGCAUGACAAGGACAAUUGGUAUGCAGCGUCUUGGCUGCAAGCCGACUGUUAUCUCUAUAGACGCAUCUGGGCGGCUUUUCGCCGCGAGAAGACCUUGCGUGACUUUGACUACUUUGGCCAAGAGAAAACCUGCGCUGCACGCAAUAUAGUCUAUAUCUUCAUAAAUGUGCUUAAGCAGACGAAGAAUUUGUCGCGAGAUUGCCGCAAUUUUCAGUUAAUGCUAAAGAUCUCGCUCUGGGCUAAUCGAUGUGAUUUGAACGUAAACAAGGAACCGCCAGAUGCGCGCAUUGUGCAGCUCAUAGACGACUACGAUGAGGAUUUGAUAGUAGACCACUCCGCUGAGUUGUGGCGUCUGCUAACAGAGGAUGCUCAUACUACAAAGUAUCCUUGUGUGGUGGACUUUGUGCUGGACAAUGCAGGCUUUGAGCUAUUUGCGGAUUUGGUAUUGGCGGCGUAUCUCAUAGAUACGAAGCUGGCGGCUCAGGUGCGCUUUCACGUCAAGGCUAUACCCUGGUUCGUGUCAGACACCACCGCUGUCGAUUUUAACUGGAUGCUGCGUUUCCUCUACUAUCAUGAAAUUCCCGUUAUGCGCGCUUUUGGCCGGAAGCUCUGCAAGUUUCAGCAGCGGCGCGCUUUGGUCUUAUGCGAUACCUGCCGCUUUUGGACAAGUCCACAUGGCUUCAAGGAUAUGGGAAAACUGGCGCCCUGUGUGUAUGUGCAUAUGAGUAUGAGUGAUUUGAUUAUAUUCAAGGGAGAUUUAAAUUAUCGCAAGCUGCUUAACGACAUCAACUGGAGACCCACAGAUCCUUUUGCUAAUUGCUUAGGCGGCUUUUUGCCUACGAAUAUUUGUGCGCUGCGCGCUAUCAAGUCGGAUAUUUAUUGUGGCAUGCCCAUCUGUGUGGUGGAGUGGCUAACGGAGGAGAAUCCCGAAUGGAUGUGUAAGGGCGAAAAGGCAGUCAUUCAACUGGCAAGGAAACCAAGACCAUAAACAUUAGUUCUGCAUGCAUGUUGCUUAUAGUAUUCGAUUAAAAAGCUGCUUCAUAUAUAUUACAA